AAUAAAUAACUUUUGACAGGUAUUGUGUUGGACUCUGGUGAUGGUGUGAGUCACACCGUCCCUAUCUAUGAAGGUUAUGCUUUGCCCCAUGCCAUUCUUCGUUUGGAUCUUGCUGGUCGUGACCUUACUGAUAGCCUGAUGAAGAUCCUCACUGAGAGAGGAUACAUGUUCACCACCACCGCUGAACGGGAAAUUGUCCGUGAUAUGAAAGAAAAGCUUGCCUAUGUGGCUCUUGACUACGAGCAGGAACUUGAAACUGCCAGGAGCAGUUCCUCCAUUGAAAAGAACUAUGAAUUGCCAGAUGGACAGGUUAUUACUAUUGGUGCUGAAAGGUUCCGUUGCCCGGAAGUUCUCUUCCAACCAUCGAUGAUCGGGAUGGAAGCUGCAGGUAUCCAUGAGACUACCUACAACUCCAUCAUGAAAUGUGAUGUGGAUAUUAGGAAGGACCUCUAUGGUAACAUUGUUCUCAGUGGUGGCUCCACCAUGUUCCCUGGUAUUGCUGAUCGGAUGAGCAAGGAAAUCACUGCGUUAGCUCCAAGCAGCAUGAAGAUUAAGGUUGUUGCACCACCAGAGAGAAAGUACAGUGUCUGGAUUGGAGGAUCCAUUCUUGCAUCCCUCAGCACAUUCCAACAGAUGUGGAUCUCAAAGGGUGAGUAUGAUGAGUCUGGUCCUUCCAUUGUUCACAGGAAGUGCUUUUAAGGUGCUGUUAUUUUUACUUAAAGUGCAAGUUUCCUAUUUGUUUUCCCGCUUUUGCUAUUAUGUCCCCAGUAAAUGUGGUUUUGCUGGGAUGGAUAAGUUUGGAGGUGGGGCUAUGAAUGGAGGGCAACAAACAAUUAUUGCCAGUGUAUCUCAUGUUUCAACUCAAUUUGGGUUAUCUUCUCAGCAUAUUUGUGAGGUGCCUCCUGCAGUGACCUUUUUGGCCUGGCACCAUCCCCAGCUCGAAGUCUUUUCUCUUCUAGGUUGGUUGUAGUUUGAGGAGAGUGAUUGUCUUGUUUUUUUUUCCUUGUCUUCUCUCAUUUUCUUCUUUAUCUGGAUUCGCGCUUUUGUGGUUCUUUUUAUUUCUUAAAACACUUAUGUUAAUAUUUAUUGAAUGAGAAAGUUUCUAUUUUAGCGUCA